GGCAGGGGCACUCCUACCUAACCCUCCUCCCCUACUAAAGCGAAACGAAGGAGGUAUGAUUGUUUGACUUGUCUCCACCAGAAUUCGCACAGGCAGCAAAGGAGCAGGCAAAUCUCCCGCAAUGGCCGCCGCUGCAUCGUCCUCCUCCCCUCCGGCGGCCAUCACCUGCCGAGCGGCGGUGGCAUGGGGGCCGGGGCAGGCGCUGGUGAUGGAGGACGUGGAGGUCGCCCCGCCGGGGCCCAUGGAGAUCCGCGUCAAGGUCGUCUCCACCUCCAUCUGCCGCAGCGACGUCACCCAGUGGCAGUCCACGGCGCAGCCCGAUCUGUUCCCCAGAAUUUUCGGCCACGAAGCAUCCGGGGUGGUCGAGAGCGUCGGGGAAGGGGUGACCGAGUUCCAAGCCGGAGACCACGCGCUCACCGUCUUCAUCGGGGAGUGCAUGAGCUGCAAGCACUGCGUGUCGGGGAAAAGCAACAUGUGCCAGAGGCUCGGCCUGGAGAGGAAGGGCGUCAUGCACAGCGACCAGACCACCCGCUUCUCCAUCGGCGGGAAGCCCGUGUACCACUACUGCGCCGUGUCGAGCUUCAGCGAGUACGCGGUCGUUCACUCGGGCUGCGCGGUCAAGGUCAGCCCCGCCAUGCCCAUGGACAGGAUAUGCCUGCUCAGCUGCGGCGCCUCCGCAGGCCUUGGUGCGGCUUGGAAUGUUGCUGAUGUAUCCAAGGGAUCAAGUGUAGUUAUAUUUGGUCUGGGAACUGUAGGACUUUCGGUCGCUCAAGGUGCUAAGCUACGGGGAGCUUCCAAGAUUAUCGGAGUAGAUACCAAUCCUGAUAAGCAAGAAAAGGGGAAGGCUUUUGGCGUUACAGAUUUUAUUAAUCCUGCCGAAUUGAAUGAACCUGUUCAGCAGGUAGUAAAACGGCUUACUGAUGGAGGGGCUGAUUACUCUUUUGAAUGUGUGGGUGAUACGGGAGUAGUCUCGACUGCGUUGCAAUCAUGUUCUGAUGGAUGGGGACUCACUGUAACUCUUGGUGUACCAAAAGCAAAACCAGAAGUUUCUGCUCAUUAUGGAUUGCUUCUCUCUGGAAGAACACUGAAGGGGUCUUUGUUUGGAGGAUGGAGGCCGAAAUCUGAUAUACCUUUGUUAGUGGAGAAGUACACAAACAAGGAAAUCCAAAUUGAUGACCUUGUCACACAUGAUAUGCCAUUCAGUGACAUCAACAAGGCGCUUGAACUGAUGCUAGAAAACAGGUGUUUGCGAUGCGUGAUUCACAUGGCAAAGUGACAGGAUUGAUUUAUACAUCAAUGUCAUCAUACCUGUACAAUUUUGGUGGUUUUCUUAUCAGUAAUUUUUCACUUGAUCUUGCUCCUGGCUCGAGUUUUCAUGACAUCAACACAUUGAAGCUCUAACACCACUAUAUCUAUUGGUGUCUCACCUUGGAAUUAUGGUGUUAUAGUUGUCGAGGAGAUUACGUAUCAUACUGAUAUUCUCUUGGAAUUCCUUAUAUGCCCCAUGCCAAGAAUUAUUCGUGUAAUCUAACUUCAGUGAUUAUAAUGUUGUAUGCAUGUUUGGUGCAUUGUGCAGUAUUGUUCUAAUAUCUGAGCUUCUUGAUGGGGUGAAUUAUGUAAAACUGACUGUUCUAAAACUGAAAAUAAAAUUAUUUC